UGUGGCAAAGAGUUUGCACACUCCUCAACCCUUUAUACACACAAGAGAAUUCAUAGAGGAGAGAAACCCUUUAAAUGUGAAGAAUGUGGCAAAGGCUUUGCACAGUCCUCAGCCCUUUCUACACAUAAGAGAAUUCAUACAGGAGAAAAGCCCUACAAAUGUGAAGAAUGUGGCAAAGCCUUUAAAAAGUCAUGUAACCUUACUAUACAUAAAAAAAUUCAUGCUGGAGAAAAACCCUACAGAUGUGAAAUAUGUGGAAAAGCUUUCAAGCUGACCUCACACCUUACUAGACAUAAGAAAAUUCAUACUGGAGACAAACCCUACAGAUGUGAAGAAGGUGGCAAAGCCUUCAACUGGUCCUCACACCUUACUAUACAUAAGAAAAUUGAUACUGGAGAGAGACCCUACGGAUGUGAAGAAUGUGGGAAAGCCUUUAAGCAGUCCUCAACCCUUGCUACACAUAAGAUAAUUCACACAGGAGAGAAACCCUAUAAAUGUAAAGAAUGUGGAAGAGCAUUUAAGUGGUCCUCAAACCUUUCUACUCAUAAGAUAAUUCAUACAGGAGCGAAACCCUAUAAAUGUGAAGAAUGUGGCAAAGCCUUUAAGCAGUCCUCAACCCUUUCUACACAUAAGAUAAUUCAUACUGGAGAAAAACCCUACAGAUGUGAAACAUGUGGAAAAGCUUUCAAGCUGGCCUCACACCUUACUAGACAUAAGAAAAUUCAUACUGGAGAGAAACCCUACAGAUGUGAAGAAUGUGGAAAAGCUUUCAAGCUGGCCUCACACCUUACUAGACAUAAGAAAAUUCAUACUGGAGAGAAACCCUACAGAUGUGAAGAAUGUGGCAAAGCUUUUACCCGAUCUGCAACCCUCACUACACAUAAGAAAAUUCACACUGGAGAGAAACCAUAAAGAUGUGAAGCAUGUGGCAAAAACUUUCCGUCGUUCUCCACCCUCAGUAGACAUAAGGUAAUUCAUACUGGAGAGUAACCCUAUGAAUAUAAUGAAUGUAGGAAAGCCUUUAACUAGCUCUUAACUCUGACUACAUAUGAGAAGUUAUAUGAAACAUAAAACAUACAAAUAUAAAGAAUGUG